AUGUCAGUUCAACAAGAAGAUGUUAUUCGACCCACCGUAAAUUUUCCGCCGAGCGUUUGGGGUGAUGUGUUUUUGGCCUACCAACAGCAAGAAGAAGAAGAAGGGAUAGAAAAAGUGGUUGAUGACUUGAAAGAAGAAGUGAAGAAAGAAAUAUUGGCAAGUUUGAAUGAUCCGACGAAACAUUUGAAUUUGUUAAAGCUGGUUGAUGCUACCCAACGUACCUCCUUGUGGUUUCGACUCAUGCGACAACAAGGUUUCUUGGUCUCAAGUGAUACUUUCAAGACAUACAAGGAUAAAGAGGGAUGUUUUAAUGAGUCCUUAAAAAGUGAUCUUGAAGGUUUACUUGAUUUGUAUGAGGCAUCGUAUCUGAGCAUGCCUGGUGAGGUCAUACUAGAUGAUGCUCUUGAUUUUUCAAGAAAAUGUCUUGAUGACAUGGCAAAGAAUCAUCUUUUAAGCAGCCAUGGUUUAACCUGCUGCAAUCUCUCCAUAAAAAGGAGAUUUGCCAAAUAUCCAAGUGGUGGAAACGCUUUGAUGUCCCAACCAAUGUACCUUAUGCAAGAGAUAGAUUGGUUGAAUGCUACUUAUGGGCAUUAG